AUUUUCGAACAUUCUUCAGUUUACAAGGGUGUUUACAUUUUACAAUUCCUUGACAAUCAAUACUUGAUUAUUUUCACAAUAAGUCAACAAUAAGUUGACGAUUGCCAUUUGUUAUCUCAGUAUCAAAGUAUUAACGUUUUCUUUGACCGAACUGUGAUAACUUAAGAUUAUUGAUUCAUUAAAUUUCUAACCUAUAACGUGUCUCAACUAUUUGAGUUUGUAUUUUAUAAUAAUGGAAUGAGAGGUGCAACAUUUGUGAUGCAAAACCAUAAUGAAUUAAAAUUUGAAGUGUGGAAUCCGUUGAACAUAUUUUGCUGCCCAGCCCAAUUCAAUCAUGCAGUGAUUAUUCUAAACAAUCCGAUAAACUUAGGUUAUGACAUUGUACUUCCUCUAUGGAAAAAAGCACAAGUAACGGUAACAGUUGAUGGUGGAACAAAUCAUUGGAUAAAUUAUCUAGGAGAACAACAAAAGAACAGUCUAUUUAGAGGAAAAUGCAAGGAUUAUGUUCCAACACUUGUGACAGGUGACAUGGACAGUAUUUGUCCGGAGCUUUUGAAGCAGAUGGAAAAAACUGAUGCUAUCGUUUUGCAUACGCCGGACCAGUCCGACACAGAUUUUACAAAAGCCCUUAUGCAAUUGCACCUAUAUAUUACUAAAAAUAAUAUUCAUUUGGAUCAUAUUUACGUUUUUGUUGACACGUCUGGUCGAUUUGAUCACAUCAUAAGUAAUAUCAACACACUUUACAAGACUGAUAGUAUCUUGAAUCCACACAUACAGGUGAUACAAAUUUCCAGUAAUUCUAUGACAUGGGUUUUAAAACCAGGUAAACAUAAAAUACAUAUUCCCGAUGCGCUGAUAGCUCGUCAAACUUGGUGCUCUCUUAUACCUUUUGGUACGUCUACUAGUGAUAUCCGCACCACAGGCUUGAAAUGGAAUUUAGAUAAUAUUCAUACAAGCUUUGGUGGAUUACUGAGUACUUCCAAUACUUACAACGGCAAUCCAGAAGUCACCGUAAUUACAAACGAAAAAAUCACCUGGUCCAUGGGCAUUGAACCUUUUACAAAAUUUUGUGAAAAUUCAGAUACUUCAUGAUUAUUUUUAUUUUAGAAAAAAUGUACAUCGCGUAAUCUGAAUUAGAAUUAUCGAGCUCUGUUAAAUAUGCGUAAUUAAAACUGGAUUUUAUUUAAUUUGAAACAAAUAAAAUAGUUCUAUAAAUUUAUCGAGACUAGUACUUUCAUGAAAAAUUGUUGUGUAUGUUAUUUUGUGAACUUAAAAAGAUAUUUGUAUAUAAAGGUGCUGUCACUUUAUAGCUUUUAUGAACAGUCACAAAUCAAUAUACUUGAAAUUCCAAUAUAGAUAUACGA